AUGGAAGCUGCAUCAUAUCAUGGCACAGCAUGUAUGGGCUGCCGCAGACGCGGCCGGAAAUGUGACAGGAAGUUACCGACAUGUCUCAGCUGCGCGAAAAGAGGUGUACCGUGUGAAGGGUACGUCACAAAAUGGCCAGGCGUAGCUGCGCGUGGAAAGCUGGCUGGGAAGUCUAUCCCCGUGGUCGAUAGUUCAGUCGUCAUCACGGGGACCCAGUCGAAAGCGAGACAAAGACAACUAAAGCGAGAUGCAUCUACGACACCGACCACACCGCCUAUCUUCAACUCUGUCCCCUCUGAAGAGGUUGAUAAAUUCGUUCAACAUUACAUCGCAGACCUUAGUAGCAUAUUCUACCUUGGCAAUGGACCAAGCGAAAAUCCAAUGUUUCACUACGUCCUCCCUCUGAUAGACAGUGUGCCUCCAAUCCGCUUCGCCCUCGCCGGAUCUGCAUCUUGCCAUAUCGCAGCCAGGACUUCAGACGAUAUACUCGAGAGAAAGAGUUUAUGGCUGCGACUCCAUGCUACACAUUUGUUACGAGAGAUGCUUCAAAGCCCGAACGCUGCAUCAGACCAGACCUUCUUAGCAAGCAUAUUGAUGCUUGCACAGCUUGAUAUGUGCUCUGGGGAUUGUGCCGAGUUUCAAACCCACUUGAAAGCUGCUGCUGCUGUCAUACGCAACCCUAGCUACGAUGGAUCUGCCAACAUGUAUUACUUUGAACAACGUCUCGCAUGGCUUGAUGUUAUGAGCGCUACCACCUCUCAAAGACCACCAAAUCUGUCGAUAGCAGAAGUAAAGACAAUAAUAAGUCGCUUCUCGGGCAAUGGUCAAAGGCAAUGGAGCUACGAUGUGUUUCCAUGCCCAAUUGACCUAUUCGAGAUUAUCAUUGAGAUUACUUUUCUAUUCAAAACUCCCCAUUUCGACUUGGAUCAAGUUGCGUUGCAGGUCGAAGGCUUGGAGAGUCGAUUGCAAGAUUGGAAGUGUCCCACCAUGUCAGGUCCACGAAAACACAUGGUUGAAGCCUGGAGACUAGGCAUACUAGCUUAUCUCUAUCGACUGUUCCCCAAGGCGAAUCACGAUGUUGAGAAGGAACUUCUGUCAGAUCAAGUACUCGGCCUAGCAGAACCCAUUUAUCCGGCAUCGUCGUGGAGUUAUGCUCUGUUGUGGCCCACAUUCCAAGUCGCCGUCACUUUGAGUGAUGAUGCUCAAAAGGAGAAGGACCAGAUUAGAAGUCGCCUUAGGAUCGCACUAGAGACUAUUGGGUGUCGACAUCACAGUAAUGCUCUUGAGACCCUGGAGGUUGUCUGGGCACGAAGUAAAGAGUUUGAUCCUCUCACAAUCAGUAUACCUGGUCGGACAAUUAUGCUAGUCUAG